AGUUCAAGUUUAGAGUUUGGUUUGGACAUAAUACGUACAAGUGCUUUGUUUUUUUGUUUUAAGGUUGUGUUGUCCACAAACAAAGCAUUAGCAAGGAAAGCUAAUAGGAGCCAAAUCCAAAGGGCAAUGAAGAGUUGGAGUUGGUGAAUUAAUUAUAAAUUUAGUGUCUCUCUCUUUCUGUGCCUCGAUGCCACCGCUCUUACUCUAAUCCAUUAUUUAUAUUUUCCAACAUUAAUAUGCCUAAUCUUUUCCUCUGUCUCUUCUCUUACUUUUCAUCUUUCCAUGGCUUCUCACUUCAAUCUGCAACAUCAACUUUUCAACUACUCAUCCGUGGGGCUAGAUGUCAGAAAAAGAACAACGGCUUAUGCCCUUCAACAUGCCAAUUCAAAUGUGUUAGAUGAGAGAAAUAACAGUUCUUUGAAUAGUGGCAUGCUAGUUGGAUCUCUGUCUUCAUGUUACACAUCCUUCAAGAAGCUCUCAUUGUUGGCAGCAUCAGCUAAGACUUGUUUUUACGGUUCUGAUGAUCAAAGCAAAGAAGCAGUUGAGGUUACUGAUGUUCCAUCCAGUAGUGAGGGAAUAGAACAUAAUAGGGUGCACUGUGUCGUGUGGUUAUUGCAUGAAUCUUCUAGGAGCUUUUCCCAGUCAAUCAAUUCGCUUGGAGUAGCAAGGAGUGGUCCUGCUCUUGCAAUGGCUUGGAUUGGAAAGGAUGUGCGUGAAUGGCAUAGACGUAUGGCUUAUGAGGUUGCAGUUUAUGCUUUAAUGAAAGCAGUAAUUGAUUUGGAGAUAUUGCUUUCACAUGAACGACUAAAUGAAUUUUCCCCAGUUAAAGAGAUUUUGAGCCCACAAAUGAAUCAAAUGGGAGAGCACAUUGAAAUUCGACUGAAAAUGAAGCAUCCAUAUUUGGUGCAGUGGUUUAGAGACACCGAAAUGCCGCGGAUAGCAGGAUAUUUUAUUCCACUUCUAAAGAAGUGGUCCAUGGAAUAUGCAGGAAGCGGUAUUGCAGGAAUUAUUGUGGCUAUAACAUGUUGUAGUGCAGUGGUUAAAUUUGGCUCCAGGCAUAUCUGCUGCUCCUUACUUGUAUUGUCUCUUGAAGAUGUUUUGGUCAAGCUUAUGGACUUUUCACCCAAUCUUGCAUCUAUGGACAAAUUACAUCAGUUAGCAACUGAGGCAGGAUUUGAACAGUAUUUCUUGUACCAUUUUGGUGGGAAGGUUUUUCCCAGUGAGAAAACUGAGGACCUAGAGUUUUGGAUUGGUUUGGCCCACAAGAAACUAUUGAAAGCCUUUAAUGAAGAAAGCAUCUCUUUAAAGAAGCAAAAUUUUCAACAAAAGAUACGAGCAGACAGUUUGGCCACAUUGGGGCUUUUUACAUACCUUGGAAGAAAGACUAGAAUGUUUUUGUCAGUAAUGGGCAUUAAGGAUCUUGACGGAGUAGUCAAGGACUUCCUCAGGUACCUGGAAUUUGGCAUUCUUUUCAUUUAUCCGGAAUUUUCCUCCAUCAGUGUGUACCAGUGUUUCAUGGAGGUGGUAACAGAUGAGAUAGGAUGGCUUGAUUUUUAUAUGUCCUUUGUUCAAAUAAACUGCAAGGAGAAAAGGUCUAAACAUAAUGCUCGCCAGGCAGAGAAAGAGAUAAUUUCUUCUGUAGUUUUUACUGUGUGCUAUGAUGUUUUCUCUGGGUUUGCACACUUCAAUCGCUCAACUCAACAAUCAUUGGACACAGCUUCACGGUCAUACUUGCUCAUUUGUCAGGGUUUGCUUAGUAUUUGUCUGCAAUAUCACUGGGCUGCUUAUGACAAGUCGGGGGAAUCACUAAAUACCAUGGAUCAUGCUGCAAUUGACAACCAAACAUCAUAUAUGGGAAGUAUAAAUGGACCCAAGUUACCUCGGGUGUUUGAAAUGCAUCAGAUGUCACAUGAUUUAACUACAGAAGGAUGUCCAGAGAUUAAUUUUCGAAACAGUAGUACAUUCAAAAAGGCUUCAGUUUCUGCAAUCACAAGUAAGAAAACAUAUGAGAAAGACUCUGAUAUUGACAAGUCAAAUACUCAGCCUCAAAAUUUUAUCAAGAGAUACAUAAUCAAAUUGGCAUCCACAAGUGCAGACAUCUGGAUGGGUACUGUAUUGCUCUUCAUAGACAUUUCAGUUGCUUUAGAGCUACUUUCAAGGCAAAUGCAUGGCUGCAAGCCUUCUGGUAGUCAAAGAAAGAGGCUAAACAGAACCUUGUCUGACAUAAUUGUGCUAAUUCCAGUGACAAUCUUGAUGCUACUUCCUGUAACAGCUGUAGGCCAUGCAGCUAUUCUGGCAGCUAUCAAGAAGUAUAUGCCGUUCUUGAUCCCUUCAUCUUAUUCUUCUGAGCGCUUGGAUGUUGUAAAGCAAAUAAAGCAAACUAGAGAGAUGGGUGAUCAGUUACAUUUGGCUCAGUUUGACCUUGAAGAUCAACCAGUAACCAUUUCUUGAACAUGACCAAGUCUCAUGUUACAUUUGAACUUCAUAGUGUCAGUGCCUAAUCAUUCGAAUCAAACUUCUUGGUCAAAAGUAGAAAAUUAUUGCAAAGUCCUUCCAAAGCCAAAGGGAUUAUGUAUAUUUGGAUAACCUUUAUGGAUACAUUUUUGGGUGCUGAAGAUAUUUUUGGAGAAAGAUAACUUUUUGUAUCUUUUAUUCCGAAAGUACUUCUGGAAGGAGUGUUAGUACAAACAUGUAUUGCUGCAAGAGGUAAGAGUGUCAUGAUUAUAG